AUGACUAUGAAAAAAGAGCAAAAGAAUGAAACUGAGAAGAAAGUUGAUGAAGGAGCUAAGAAAGACGACAGUCUCCCUCCUGUCGUUUACCAAUUCGACUUGCAUUGUGAAGGAUGCAUCAAGAAGAUUAAACGAUCCGCUCGUCAUUUUGCUGGUGUGGAAACUGUUAAAGCAGAUCUGUCUUCAAACAAAGUGACAGUUACCGGUAAAUUUGACGCUGUUAAACUACAAGAUAAACUGGCUGAGAAAACCAAGAAGAAAGUCGAAAUCAUCUCAGCGCCGCCAAAAAAUGACGCCGCCGCCGAGAAACCGUCGGAGAAGAAACCUGACGAGAAAAAGCCUGAAGAGAAGAAAGCCGAAGAGAAGAAAGCAGAAGAGAAAAAACCAGAAGAAAAUAAGCCUAAACAGAGUACAGUGGUUUUGAAGAUCAAAUUACACUGUGACGGUUGCAUUACUAAAAUUAGAAGGAUAGUUAUGAAAUUUAAAGGGGUAGAAACGGUAAACCUUGACGGAGAUAAGGAUUUGGUAACGGUGAAAGGAACAAUGGAACCGAAGGAGUUGGUAGAGUAUCUUACAGAGAAGCUAAAGAGAAACGUUGAAAUGGUUCCGGCAAAGAAAGAUGAGGAGAAGAAAGAGAAAGACGGUGGUGGAGAGAAGAAAGAUGGUGGCGGUGAGAAGAAAAUCGACGGUGGAGAUCAAGCGAAAGUGGAGGUUAAUAAAAUGGAGUAUCAGUACCCGAUGCAAUCUCCAAUGUAUUGGUACGAUGGAGGUGUGGGGCAGAAUAGUAAUUACGGUAUGGAUCAGUUUCAUCAAGGUGGUUAUGGUCAUUAUGAUCAACGUUAUGUGGAGCCUGGGUAUAUGAUGAAUCAAGGUGGUGGCUAUCCUAUGCAGGCGCCACAGGUUCCGUUUUACAUGAACCCUAAUCAUCCUCCACCGCAGAUGUUCAGUGAUGAGAAUCCCAAUGCUUGUUCUGUUAUGUGA